CCAAUGAUCGUCGACUUUCUCUAUUAGAGGGGGCGUGGCCUGAGUUCCCCGGAAGUCUGCAUGUUUGUGUUGGGCUGCGUUGCUUGUUGUCGCUUGGGGCUUUUAGACUGUUCUUUACUGCUCCUGUGCUCCAUCUUCGGUACCAGCAUGAAGGAGCCGUCCGUCUCUCCGGGGCCGACCCCAGCCCCCGUUUUUCUCACCAAGCUCUGGGUUCUAGUGGAGGACUCGGCUAAUUGCGACAUGAUCGCUUGGAACACGAAUGGACAGACCUUCUGCAUACUGGAUGAGCAACGGUUUACUAAAGAGAUCCUUCCCAGAUACUUCAAGCACAGCAAUUUGUCUAGCUUCAUUCGGCAACUUAAUAUGUAUGGCUUCCGCAAGGUGAUGAGUUUGGAGAGCGGUCUUGUAAAAUCUGAGAGCGCCAUUGAGUUCCAGCAUCCUUUCUUUAAAAAAGGGAGACCGGAGUUAUUGGAACACAUCAAGCGUAAGGUGAACUCGGUAAAAACAGAAGAUGCUCAUCUGUCCCAGGACAAUUUGCAAAAGGUUAUUAAUGAAUUAAAAGUGCUUCAAGAUGGACAAUCCAACAUGGAUUUCAAGUUGGAUACAAUGAAGAGGGAAAAUGAAAUUCUUUGGAAGGAGGUUUCUUCUCUGAGAAGGAAGCACAGCCAACAGCAGAAACUUCUUGCAAAGAUCCUUCAGUUCAUCCUGAGUCUAAUGAAAGGCAACAUUUUAAAGGGAACCAACAGGAAAAGGCCAUUAACAAUUGAAGCUUCACAGUCCUCUUCCCCUAAAUACAGUCGCAAUAUGCUGCAGCUUACAGAAGGAGGAGUUAGUGAGGGAAAUCCAUCUUCACAAUGUCCUGGAAGCUCCACUGACAAUUACCUUGUAAUCCAUGAGAUCCCAAGUGCUGAGGAAAGCUUUGAACACCUUCCCAAGCAGUUGCCUAAAUCCAGCCUAGAAAGCCUCCAAUUAGCCACUAUAUUAGUCUGGGGCCCAACCUUCCAAAUAACUAGUUCUGAUGGGAGAGGUUCAGACUGGCCACAGAUCAUUUCUCAUUCAAUUGAACACUCGGAUCUUAGUUCUGGCAAAAUUAAAACUUUAUUGCUGUUUUCUUUUUCAAGAACUAGAUGUAAGACCCUUUUGCUUACUAUAUGUUUUUGUAUCUUCAGUGAUACACAGCAGGUGAUUCUAAUGGAUGAGACUGAUGUGAAUCUUCAGCUGGAGGUGGAAGAGUCUCAUUACCCAAGCAGCUCUAUCCUGGCACAGGACCAGGUUGUGAUCCCAAAUGCUUUCUUUCCAGUGACAGAUCAGUCCGUAAUUCCCAGCAAUUCAUUUGUAGUAGAAAAAUCCUUUAUUCCUAAUAGCUCUACUGCUGAUGAGGAGUUGGCUCUUGAUUUGGUACAAGACAGCGCUCCUGAGGACCCUGAUAGUGUCAUUGAUUCGAUUCUUAAUGAAAAUGCCUCUGCAAGCAACAUUAACAUACUUGACAGAGAGGAGAUCCAAGACUUCUUGAACUGCAUUGAUGCCAGCCUGGAGGAUCUUCAGACCAUCCUGUGCAAAAAGAAAUUUGAUGUAGACAGUGAUUUUCUUGAGGAGCUUUUUAAACCUGACUUAUUAUCCUCAGAUAUUACUGUGACUUCAGAAAACAGCGGCCUCAACAGCGGGGUAACAGAGGGGCAGAAGGACAUUCCCAUGCCUUCCAGUGAAGACUUGCUGAACAAAGGGAAACAGAUGGUGCAAUAUACAGGGAACCCGCUUCUCUCCUUAUUCGAUGAAUUGCCACAGAGCAGCUAUGGAGAAGGAGCCUCCGACCCAGUCAAUCUUUUGAAUGUAGUAGAUGAUAAUGUGUUCCCAGGGCACUCGGAUGAACAACAUGUGAUGAAAGAAGCAGAUCUGGCAGUAGAUGAUAACACUGGAUCACACGGCUUCUCGCCCAUCUUUGUCCUAAGCCCUGUUAGUAAGUUAAUAGAGGAAGCGACAGAGCCAGACACAGUUUGAAUGACACUGGGCCAUAAAGGAGUUUAGCCAGAUAUGUUAACAAUAUGCUUGCACAACCUGUAGGCUUUGUUGCUAUUAUCUGUAUGAAUGGUAGGGUAAAAAGAUUAAAAGGUGAGCCAGAUAUGUUAAAAGUACAGAUAAAGUGCAGGUGCCAGGGUGCAUCAGAUUGUUAUUUCACAGUGAAAUUGGUGCAAUAUUGAAAUACUUUCCUUUACUAUGUCACAUUUUAUAUUAAUAUAAAAAUUCAUAUUAUGGAUUUUGUGGUUUAUGCUGACCAGAUAAAUCUGAAAUUUCUACGAAUACAUCAGGGUUACACAGUUUGAGGCCAAGUCAUUAAGGGGUUUAUUUAAUAAACCUCGACUUUUCUUCUGGUCGAGGUUUUUUAGGCAAAAACUAGACUUUUUAGAGCAGAGUUAUUUUGAGUUAUUUUAUUGAUAAAUAAGAUAAAAUUGUGGAUGGGAGUUUGGUGGAGCAUGGUUUAAUGAAAAGUUGAGAUAAAUUUGCGUUUUAGUAAAUAACCCCCUAAAUGUUCAAUUUAAUCUUUGUUUUUUCUACAAGUAUUUCAUCUCCUCUCUUCAGCUUUCAAACCAUCUUUCCUCAAACAGAUUCCUUUUAGUUACAUAAAUUGCUAAGUAGAACAGAAAUAAAACCACCGCUAUCAGUACAAGAAGACAUUUCUUAGCCUGUAGGGAAAUACUCUCCCUGGGACAUUUAUAGUAACACUUUAAUCUGUUUAAGAACAGCAUGAAUUUCUAAUGUUCCAGAUAGACCCUCUCAGCCAAGCAACAUGGCAUCCCUACCUAAGACAUAUCCUUAUAAUACAGACAAUCCUGUCUGCUCAUAAACAAGAUUACAUGGAGAAAUGAAUUCUGAAACAAUGGCUUUCAACUUUUAUUCAUUUAUACUUUUCUUUCCCAGGGUUUGUGUUUUUAAAUGUUUUCAGGACAAAAGCUAUCAUUUUUUGACAAAAUGGACACAGCAAUAAGUUGUAUUGUUAGAUCUCUCACUGUUUUGCUAAAAGAAACACAAGUUUGUUUUUUAGCCAUUUUAUUGCUGACAGUGUGCAUGCCCAGUAUUAUAAAACCAGUGUGACUAUACAACAUUGAUCAGAUAUCAAUAAACUAUUUUAAUAGA